AUGGCGGCUGCUGCAGCACGCAAGCUGCCCUUCACCGGCACGAUGCAGACCAUCGGCGCCGCCGCCCGCUCGAGCAUGCGGCCAAUUGCCGGUCUGUCGGGCUUCCUGGCCUACUACCGCGGCCGCUGCGGCGGCCACACCGUCACGAUGUUUGUCUUUGUGGACCAGCUGCGCCUGCUGUACCGGCAGAUGCAGUGA